UAUUUUUCGCUAUGACAUUCGGAUAUAUAUUUCGUGUGGCAAUUUGCCGCGAUAACAGAGUUUUCCAGUUUAACUGUCUGUCUAUAUGUAAGCUUGAAAAUACUGAAAUAUGGCAACUCCAGAUGGCAGACGAGUGAACAGACCUUAUAGAAAAGCAUCAGAAUAUCUAGCAACCAAGCAAUCACCGUAUAAUGGGCCCAAGACAAUCGUAGCUCUGGAAGCAGAAAACUCGGAACUUCGUGAAAAAUUAACAACCUCUGUCCGAAGACUGGAAACGAUGGAAGUGGAAUUCGAACAAAGUCGCGAAUAUUUUGCGACUCAACUUGAUGUGGUUCAGGAUAAACUGAACAGAACAACACAAGCCUUGAAAUUGUCAAUCAUCUUGAAGACGAAAAGUCACAUCUGACGUUGGACGUUCAUGAAUCGACAAACAGAUUAACGGAAACUCUAAGUGCUUUACAGAGAACUCAGAAAUAAAAUCUGUGACUGCUGAUUCAAUGAUUCUCCUCGCGCAAGAAGAACUGAAUAGACAGCAAAAAACGGAAGAAAUCAAUGAAAAUUUGGAAAGAAAAUUGAAAACAUUACAAGGAAUGUCACCUCAGAUUGAUUUAUUUGCACCGAUAUCGAAACCUCGAACGAAUUUUAAUGACCUUUCGGACGAAGAGGAAUUGGACAUAAUUAAGCGACUGACUGCGGAAGCCGGAUUAGAAAUUUCCCUCGCUAAUAAACUAGAUGGCAGCACAGAGCAGUAUGACAUGAAUGUGGCGGAUACGGGUUUCAAACCAUCUGAGAAGGAAUCCAGUGAUCUGCCAUGGUGUAUUAUUUGUAACGAGGACGCAUCACUGAGAUGUCACGGCUGCGAAAGAGAUCUUUACUGCCUCCGGUAUUUCAAAGAAGGACAUGACAGUUAUGAUUUGAACGACCAUAAGACUUCAAAAUAUUCGGCACCUAAGAAUAUGGACUACGACUAAAUUCUGGGAACAGGAUUAAUUUGAUCUUGAACAAGUUCGGAAAAAUAUUAUCGAACUUUCUGAAUUCAUAUUUAACAGAAAACACAUAGAUGUCAAAAUUAACAUCUAUUACUGGGAAAAUACCAAUUCGAUAGUUGACCAAAAUAUUCUAGUUGAAAAUUCUGCGGUACUCGAACUGAAAAUUUGGUGCUCGAACACCUGAGUGUGCAUUGAGUGAGACAACGUCACCCAAACCAAGAUCUCGGCAUCCUCUUGACCGUUCAAAUGAGUGAUGCUCAAAUAUGGACACGAUGGCCAAAACAAAGUAGUACGUGUAUGCGAUCUGUCACAGUAGACAAUCGGUACACAAUGUUCACGACUAUUGCGAUAGCGGAACCGCCACAAAGUUGCGCAAUUUUUGAUGAUGGGAUUGCACACAGAAUACGAAUCCCACAUAAUUUGCUCAAAUGUACAGUAUCUGAUAUAAAAUUUUUGGUACUCCCGAAGUAUGCGAACCAAGAUGGUGGACACUGGAAAGUGGUAUGUGUACCAGGUUAGGGUUAGCCAUAAUUUCAGGUACAAAUACUA